AUGGCUUUCUCAGAUGCAGUGCAGUGGUGGGAGGAGCGGCAGUUGCGCAUCCUUGUCCUAUGCAGCCUCUUCCUUCAAUACUUCCUCUUCAUCGCCGCAUCCUUGCGUAAGCGUUGUGUCCCUGCUUGGUUCAAAUUCUUAACCUGGCUCGCCUACCUAGCGAGCGAUGCCGUAGCUAUAUACGCACUUGCCACCCUAUUCAAUCGUCACAAAAGGCAAGAAUGGCUAUCCACGCACCGCAGUAGCGCUAGCUUGGAGGUGUUGUGGGCACCUAUACUUUUGCUGCACCUUGGUGGGCAAGAUGGCAUAACGGCCUAUAACAUCGAGGACAAUGAGCUGUGGGGGCGUCAUAUUCUAACUGCCGUGUCUCAGAUUACUGUGGCCAUCUACGUGUUCCGCAAGUCAUGGCCAGGGGAGAAGAGAUUAUUGCAGGCCGCAAUCUUGAUCUUUGUUCCCGGUAUUCUCAAAUGCUUGGAGAAGCCAUACGCUCUCAAGAGCGCUAGCAUCCACAGCAUUGGGGACACCUCCAACAAGAAGACAUGGGUGGAGAGGAUGUUCGAAGAGGAGAGUAAGGACAACGACGACAUCAAAUCGCUGGACGACUAUGUGAAAGCUGCAUCUAAGUACGUUCAGGGGGAUCAUGCAGGCGAAACACCUGAAACGGGAGUGAAUGAGAAGCCCUACAACCUAUUCGUAGACCUUGCCUUCCCUUACUCUGAUCGGCUUAAGAAUCUAAAGUACAUGAUGCAAGAAAAAAACAAAGCGCAUCGUCGGCUGCGGUCCCGCCUCUCCAACACCUUCGAUCGCCUCUACACCAAGCACCAAAUGAGCAGUGGUUUGAACAUCUGUGACUUGACCUGCAAAAGUUUUUGGGGUAAUGAGCUACGGAGCGUGGUUGUCUAUCUGACGUUUGCGGCCAUUGCGCUCUUCCACAAGAGCCAUAGAGAAAACUACGACGACACCGACGUCAAGAUCACCUACACUUUGCUGUGCUGCACCGCCGCUCUGGAGUACAUUAUAUCCGGCAUCAAGCCGUGCGUUGAUUUCAUCGAGAGAAUCAACAGGAGACUCAGGAGCCUUGACCCGACUUGGCCUGACCUUGUUGCCCAGUACAAUCUCCUAUGGUACUUGGCCCGCAGCAGGAAGCACAGGAGGCUCAGGAGGCUCCUGCUGAUCUGCAGGGACUCCAUCGACGAAAUCUGGUGCAUGAAGCCGUGCCAGUCUUCCAGCGACGACAUCACCGAGCUCGUCUUCGACCAUGUCGUCAACCAUGGGUGGAAGAACCGCAUCAAGGACGCGGCCACCUUCCAUGAGUUCAACAACAACCGGGGCCAGCAGACUCUCCAGCGCGAGGGCUGCAACGCGGGCAUGCCGCUGGAGAGCCUGCAGAGGCCAUUCGAUGAGAGUGUCAUCCUCUGGCACCUCGCCACCGAUUUCUGCUUCUUCCACCACGGCAUGGACGCCGCAGGCAAGUCAGCUUCCGGCGGCCAUGGAGAUGGAGACGCCCGCCGCCGCCGCAGCAGGGAGAUCUCCAACUACAUGGCCUACCUGCUGUUCACCAACCCAGAGAUGCUGAUGCCCGGCUCCAGGCGGAGCCUGUUCAAGAACGCCUACGAGAAGCUCAAUAAAAUGGCCGGGGACAAGGACGACAGCACCUCGUCACCAAUUCCAAAUGAGACGGUACCCACACAGAAGAAGAAGAAGAAGCCGUCACUGCUGGACGAGCAACAGAUGAUUGCCUCUCAGAUCAUGCAGAAGCUGCAGAGCGACAAGGAGGGUUCAGAAGGUUUGGUUCUUGACGCCUGGGUCCUCGCCCAGGAGCUCAUGGGUAUAGCAGCAGGCAAGGAGAAGAUGUGGAGGGUGAUCCAGGGCGUGUGGGUGGAGAUGCUCUGCUUCUCUGCCGGCAGUUGCCGAGGUUAUCUGCAUGCCAAGAGCCUAGGCAAGGGUGGGGAGUACCUCUCCUACGUCUGGAUGCUCAUGUCCUUCCUUGGCAUGGAGACACUGGCGGAGAGGCUGCAGAGGACGGAGCUGCACGUGCAGGGAGACAUGGGCGCCACCCGCCCGAUGACGCCGGCUGCAUCUGAGAUGCCAACGCCAACCGGCAGCGACAAUGUUUGA